CAUCAAUCUUAUUGUACUUCUUACUAAUGGUUAUCUCUCUAUCUUUCAUCUAAAAAUAUCUUACCCUUUAGUGAGCUCUUAAAUUAUGUUGUUCAAUUUUCUUAACAACUUUAAUUAUGUUUUAGGUAUUACCGAUCACAUCAUUGUUCAAUAGUAAAUGUUAUGUUGUUCCCUUUCGAUCCAGAACUUGGUCGUGUACAUUACUAAGAUACAUUUGUUUUUAACUAUAACCAGAUUUGCUUAUCCAGAUCGGAAAAUAUAAGUCAACUACUUGUGUUCUUGCUACCAAAAAAAAAGAAAAAAAAAAGAGCUACUUGUGUUCCUUCUUUUAAUGGAACUUAUAAGCACAAUCAAUCUCUUAACAAUCGUUCUUCUACUCUUCGUUGUUUCCAAGAUAUGGAAAGCUUGUUGGAUCCUCCUUUUGCGUCCAUUGAUGCUAUCAAAAAGAUUCAAGAAACAAGGAAUCUCAGGACCAAAGUACAAAAUCUUGUACGGAAACCUCAGCGAGAUAAAGAAGAUGAAGAAAGAAGCUGACCUUUGUGUUCUGGAUCCCAAUUCCAAUGAUAUUUUCCCUCGUGUGUUUCCUCAGUAUCACCAAUGGAUGUCUCAAUACGGAGAUACAUUUCUAUUCUGGACUGGAACAAAACCAACUAUAUACAUCUCAAAUCAUGAGCUAGCGAAACAGGUCUUGUCGAGCAAGUUCGGUUUCACUAUUAUACCGGUGAAACGACCUGAGGUCUUCAUACUUUUCGGUAAAGGACUUUCCUUUAUCCAAGGUGAUGAUUGGAUUCGCCAUAGACGAAUCUUGAACCCUGCUUUCUCCAUGGAUCGGCUCAAGGCCAUGACACAACCGAUGGGAGAUUGCACCUUACGGAUAUUUGAGGAGUGGAGAAAACAGAGAAGAAAUGGUGAAGUGUUGAUCAAGAUUGAGAUAAGCAAAGAGUUCCAUAAACUGACCGCUGACAUUAUAGCAACUACUGCGUUUGGAAGUAGUUAUGCCGAAGGAAUCGAAUUGUGUAGGUCACAAACAGAGCUUGAGAAGUAUUAUAUUAGUUCUCUCACUAACGUUUUCAUCCCCGGAACUCAAUACCUUCCUACGCCUACCAACCUUAAACUAUGGGAGCUCCAUAAGAAAGUGAAGAACUCGAUCAAAAGAAUCAUAGAUUCAAGGCUAAAAUCAAAAUGUAAGACCUAUGGCUAUGGGGACGAUCUUCUAGGGGUCAUGUUGACUGCUGCGAAAUCUAACGAGUAUGAGAGAAAGAUGAGAAUGGAUGAGAUCAUAGAGGAAUGCAAGAAUUUCUACUAUGCAGGGCAAGGAACUACUUCGAUUCUAUUGACAUGGACUACGAUGUUACUAAGCUUGCACCAAGGUUGGCAAGAGAAACUCAGAGAAGAGGUUUUUAAUGAAUGUGGUAAAGAUAAAAUCCCAGAUACAGACACCUUCUCUAAACUCAAAUUGAUGAACAUGGUGUUGAUGGAGUCGCUUCGUCUGUACGGACCCGUGAUUAAAAUUUCCCGAGAGGCAACACAAGAUAUGAAGGUAGGACACUUGGAGAUCCCAAAGGGCACAAGCAUUAUCAUACCGUUACUGAAGAUGCACAGAGACAAGGCCAUAUGGGGCGAAGACGCCGAACAAUUCAAUCCCUUGAGAUUCGAAAACGGCAUUUCUCAAGCCACCAUUCACCCAAACGCUCUCCUCCCGUUCUCAAUCGGACCAAGAGCUUGCAUUGCCAAAAACUUUGCCAUGGUCGAAGCCAAGACCGUUCUCACUAUGAUCCUUCAACAGUUCCAGCUUAGCCUCUCCCCCGAGUAUAAGCACACGCCAGUUGAUCACUUCGAUCUCUUCCCGCAAUACGGCCUACCCGUAAUGCUUCACCCUCUCGGAUAGUAGUUCUGAAUGGUGAGGAAGAGAAAACCAAGAAUCUCAACGGAUAUUUGGUCACGUUAUGUUCUAUAUUUGGCCUUGGUCACAAAUAAAGUUCAGAUGAUAUAAUUCAAUAGUGGAUAAGUCAAAUUCAAAGUGAAGUAAGGAAUAAAAAUCUGAACAUGUGGUGGUUGUUUUAGUUU